CGAUGUACUCAGUGGAGAUUAAAGUGGAGCGAGACAGAGUGACGGGAGAAACCAGGGUCCUGUCCACUAACACAACACYUCCUGUUGACCUCUGUGACCACGGGGUCAAAGUGUACGAAGACGAGCAAAAAGUGGUCCAUGAGAUGAACGGUGAAGAUGGCGUCCACCUGCUGAGCUCCCUGGAGGUGGACGAGCUCCUCCACAAAGCCGACGAGGUGUCGAUGAUGUCACAGACGGUUGCUACGGUGACCUCCCUGUCCAGGGCUGAGGUCCCAGACCCCCAGCAGGGCGUCACACCAAGCCCCGCCCCCGUCCCGUGCAUCACAGCAGAGAUCACCGGCCUGGAGGCGGAGGCCAGCGGGGAGCCGGGAGCAGCAGAGGUCAGUGAGAACAAGCCCGUCACCAUGGUGUUCAUGGGGUACCAGGACGUGGAGGACCAGGACCAGACCAAGAAGCUGCUGGGGCUGCAGGGGACAGUGAAGGCGGAGCUUGUUCUCAUUCAGGAUGUUGACGGGAAAGUAGAUCCAAGUCCUCCCACCUUUGCUGCCCCGCCCCCCUCUGCUGAACCUCCGGAGGUGAGAGGAGAGGAGGAGGAGGAGGAGGAGGAGGAGGAGGUGAAGAAGAAGAAGCAGCCGUGUAAGUGCUGCAGCAUCAUGUGACCUGACUAACUCCGCCCACUGUCCAUGCCCCGCCUCUAACAACAUGUUUCCUGAUGGCUUUGAUUUAUUUAUGUUUCACCUGCUGGGCUUCCUGUUUCCAGGUGUAGCAGCUCAGCUCACCUGAGGACCUUUACCUUUGCUUUAGCAUGUGAGCCUGCCCAGGUGUGUUCUCUGAGCCGUCACAUGUUGACUGUGUGUCCGUGUUUGUUCUGCCCUUCACCUGGACUCAGGUGAGCCACACGUGUCUUCUGUUAACUUGAACCAUCAGUCUGUGCAGGUGUUCACAGGUGUUCACAGGUGUUCACAGGUGUUCACAGGUGUUCGCAGGUGUUCACAGGUGCAACACUUACAUUCACGUUAAGCAUUAGCUAUCACUGUAAUGUAGCAUGUUAGCAUGUUAGCUGCUGCCACACGGUGAACAAAUCAAAGUGCACUUGGCUCUCACCUGGACGACUCUGUAAGAAAACAAACUGCCAACAAGAGUGUAAGAAACAGGCCCCGCCCCUUUUCUAUUUGAAAGCACUUUUUUAUUUUCUAUUUUUAAGUUCGACUCGUUUUUAAUCUGAGAUCCUAUUUUUUCAUAUUUUGCUAACAGAAGUUUUAUCCAGUUUUUUUCCACACCUGGUAACUAGAAAGACUGGAAACAGGAAGCUGUAAAACCUCCUACAAAAUAAAAGCAUGAGCAUGUGAAGAACCAGCCUAAUAAAAUACAUACAAGUGAAGAUUUGUCUUGUUUCGAAUCAGCUGAACAAAAACUCACAACACAAACUUCUAUUUGGGUGGAAAUACUUUUAUUUUGAAAAUCAAGUACAAACAAUAUUAGCAACUGAUUUCAAACAAAAAUCAGAUGAGUAUAAAUGUAAUAAAAUGUGAGUUGAAACAUGACAGAAUGAAUCUGAGCCGUCAGAUGUUGGGAUGACUCACAGGUUCAUCAUCUGCAGGUGUUCAAAACUCAUCCAAUCAUUCAGGAGAUAUUUUACUGACAGACACACAGCACAGCCAGUGACAUGAUGACCUCAGCAGAGCUGAUUUCUGCUCUGGGUUAAAGGUCAGUUGGUGAUGAAGAUGUCUCGUGUUCCUCAUCUGCAGACCUGUUCUGACCUGCUGUUUCCAUGGUAACCAACCUGAGUGAUGUCACCUGAUCAUCCUCACAAUGAAGGUCAGCACAGAUCAUUCUAAUUGAAGCAGAGAAACACUGGAGAGGCCACUGAAGGCCCUGGGCAGGGGUUGUGGCGGCCAUCUUGAGAAGACCUUUGUGUAUCUGUUCUGCUGUGUCCGUAUGUCCUUAUUUUACUUUAAUAAACAUAAAGCUGCACCACGUGGAA